AUGUUUCUCUACCAACUACUGAACUUUUUCUUUGUGGUUUCCAAAAAGGAAGAGAAGCCUAAAUAUGAUCUCUCUCUGUACACGCGUGGUGACUUGCUUGAGGUACCGAGGACACUAUUCACACAUUUUGGUAUUUACCUGGGGGACGAUCGUGUGGCUCAUCUUAUUCCGGACAUCCUGCCUGCAAUCACCAAAAACAAAUCUGCAAUUUCAAAGAUGGUAACGAAUAACCGCCUCCUAUUUGGAGUCAUCACCAAAGAAGCCAGCGUCAGAGUGGACUCUGUGGCAGAUUUUGCUUAUGGCUCAGAGAUUCUGAUCAACCACAUGGAUAAAGUGUGCAUACAGCCUCCCUUGGAUGGAGAUGAGGUGGCUCGAAGGGCUGAGAAACUCCUGGGAUCAGUCACUUACAGUUUACUGUGGUACAACUGUGAACACUACGUCAUGUACUGCAGAUAUGGAAUGGCCAUCAGCUACCAGACAUACCAGUUCUGCACUACAGUACGGAAGAUUGUGUUCAGCAGACUGAGUGCCUAUUUGACUGCAGUGUGUGGCAUAUGCACCAUGUUGUAUGUAGGCUGCAUGACGCCGCCGACAUUUUUACUUGUCCUGCUCAUCUCAUUCACCAUCUGGAUGGCUGCCUGAUGACCUCUGGAGAGAGAACUGACAGAAAAGAUGCUAAAAUGAAGUCCUCUGAUUUUUUUGCUGAAAGCAUUGGGCAGCAAAUAUGUUCACUGGGAUAAAAAAGUAAUCACUUUACUUUCUAGGUUGUUGUAACAGUUACAACUUUAAUAUACAUUAAUAGCAGUUUUAUUUUCUUUGUUUUGAUAGGUCAUUAAUCUGCUUUUAACAGUAGUUCUGUUAUGCCCCAUUCUUUUGUUGUUGUUGGGGUUUUCUUUGUUAUUUUGUCUGGCAUUCUUCUUAAAUGUUAAGCAGGCUUUGAUACUAAUCUCAUUUAACAGAAGCAGUCUAUUUAGUAUAAAUGUAUUUUGACUCAGAUGUGAAACUUUAAAGACUUGAAAUGAAGCUCAAAGAAAAAAAAAAUGACAUAGAUAUAUGCCAUAGUAAAUUUAUGAGGACUGAGAGACAGUGGUGAGGUGUGCAGUAGGAGUGACAGAUGGGUUCAAAGUGGGGUGGGAUUACAUCAGGGAUCAGCUCUGAGCUCCUUCUUGUUUGCAGUGGUGAUGGACUGGCUGACAGAUGAGGACAGAAAGGAGUCUCUGUGCACUAUGUACUGGACGAAGCAUGUUGAAGAAGGAGCUGCCAAGCAGGAGGAAAAGAGGAAGACCACAGAGAAGGUUCAUGGAUGUAGUGAGGAGGGACAUGCAGAGGGUUGGUGUGACAGAGGAGGAUGCUAGAGAUAGGGUGAGAUGGAGGGAGAUGAUCUGCUGUGGUGACCCCUAAAGGGAGAGGCUGAAAGAAGAAGAUAUAUGCCAGAGUGUGAUGGCAUGUGGAUAUUGCAUGGUAACGAAACUCACAGAAAUGACACAACUGGUUACUUGUAUAUCUUUUAGAAUAAA